UGUCGUUCCAGUGUUUUGAAAGUGAGCGAAGUCACAUGACAGGUUAUCCGUGCCAGUGGAUUCAAUCGGAAUGCUUAUGAAACCAACAUCUCGCCGAUAUAAAGGCCAUGGGAACACCAGGAUGCUGUCAUCAUGAACAUAUCCCAGAUCCCCUUCAAUGUGUCGCUGCCUCUGCUGGGGGUGGGGGUGAUGACCCUGCUCCUCUCCCUCCUCUUCUGUUGCUACAUGUGGAAAUUGAGACGGGAUGGACGGAGAGCAAGAGGGUACAGAAAUAUUCGAACAACGAAGGUGAAAAAGAAAGGUGAAACUGAGACAUGUGCUGUUUGUCUGGAGGAGUUCAAGUACAAAGAAACAUUGGCCAUUUGUCCUUGUAAACACAGGUUCCACCAAAAAUGUCUGACCCAGUGGCUGCAGCACAAGAAUAUUUGUCCCAUGUGUAAAGCUAAAGUUCAGUACAGCCCAGGGGAGACAACUAGCUUAAUAGAAGGCGCAACACCCUUGUGAAACCAGUCAAGCCUCCAUUUUGAAAGUGCUAAGCAAGUCCCUGUGCCAUAGACUGCAGACAUUUGUAAAGAACCGAGGUGGAGUCAUCACAAGUUUUGAAAACUUAUACAACAUAUGUCAUAUAUAGUAAUAUAUCUUCCACAAUAAUCCACUAUAUCAUGCUUGGAUAUAUCUCCCAGUUGCUGUACAGUUUAUUAGAAGUGAAGAAGUCAUUGUGCCCCUAGGUAAGUCAGAUAUGUACCCAGGUACUUCAAUGUGUACAGACAUGUACUCAAACCAAAAUCAGAGUACAGAAUCAUACCUGGUACCUAAAAUGGCAGUCAAGUCUUCCAUUUCCUCAAACCAAUAAUGCUUCUUUAUGUAAUGGUGUUUCAUGAGUUUGGUCACAGCAUGUUUCUGUGUUCUGAAAAGUACUGGGAUAUGUAUCUGUCGUACGUGUUCCGACGAUGGUCUUAUCAGAGUAGAUUAGAGCACAGAGCUUCAUGUAUGUUCACCAAUAUGUUGAACUUUUUAUCUGGGAAAGAAAAUUAUCAGCUUUACAAGGAAUCAGAAAGUGAACAUAAAAACACAACUGCCUAAGCAACAACCACAAUGGUGGCUGGUCUUGUUGGUAUAACAUGGGUGAUUUCUGUGAUUUUCAAGGUGCUAGAUGUGAAUGUGUAGUGGUUGUUACAUAGAGUGCUUCAUGUAUCAGGCACAGUGUUUAUACAUGGAUUUAACUGACUGGAGUUAAAUUCAGAGAUAGUUUAAAUUAUUUUAAUUUGUAUGUAUGUAUUGUGAGUGAAGAAAGUAUAAGUAUCAGUAGGGCAACUCUUUCUUGUUAUAUUUAUGGAUUCAACAUAAAUUAUGAAUAAUUAUUUACAGAUUACUGCUUUAAGAAAAAUCAUGUAUAAAACUUAUGAUGCUCAAUUGAUCAUAAAUAUUUGAUGUAUCAUUGAGUCCAGGAGUCAUAGAAAUAUUCCUUGCAUAAUAAAUAUUAAAUAUAGAGCUAUGUCCUUGUCUUAGGUACAUGGACUUUGCCUAAAUUAACUUUUUUUCCUUCCUGAGAAAAUAAACAAUUAAAACCAAAGCUUCCAGAUAAAGGUGGCAAUUCAUUCAUUUAUCUUUUCUUAUUUUUUCCCCCUCGUUCAUGGAAUAUUUGUAGAAAACAUUUUGUAGCACAUUUUUUAUAUAUAAAAGAACUGCAGUUUUGUUAAAAAAUUAUCACUUUUUUUAUUGUUUGAGUGGCAUUAUAGAAGAUGGGAAGUACAAUGUUGACAGAAGUUAAUGGAUAACAACUUCUUUAUUUUUGUGAGUGCGACGUUUCGAUACAGAUUUUUUGUGCCAUUGUCAGGCAUCUGUAUCAAAGCAUAGCACUCAAAAAAUAAAAAGCUGAUAUUCAUAA